CGACGCGGGGACAUGGCCGACGGCAAGGGCCCGGCCGUGGGGGAUGACCCCGACCCAUCGUUGAAUGUGCGCCACAAGCCCGAGAGCAUGCCGAGCCCCACACGUCGAGGAUGUCAAAUAGCGAUCGGGCGGGCGUGGACAAACGGCCCAGCCAUCGAUAUGGACCAUUACGAGUGGACGGCGGCCGACUAUGUUCGUCGCAAGGAAGUGGUCGCGGCGAUGCGGGAGCGCAUUCGAGUCAAAAGUCUGCCGGGGUGCGACCACUUUCCAGGUCGCAAACGCACACUACGAGCGGCGGCGGAGAAGUACACCCGAAGCAACUUGUACUUUUUACCGUUCGUCAAGACGACCCUCCCGGACGCUGUCUGGGACGGCGACCUGGUCAACGUCGCUAGGCUUCUCGUCAUGCGCAUUCCCCCAGACUCCCGCGACAAGAACGGCCGCCUUGCGCUCUCCAUCGCGAUUCAGCUGAAACACAGUGCAAUUGCCAAGUUCCUCAUGGACAAGCAUGCGAAACCAGACUUACAGGACGAAGGAACUCUCUACGGCGCUCUGCACAUGUGCAUCAUUAUGGGCAAUAAGUCGCUGACACGUCGCCUCGUCGAAGCCGGGGCCAAUGUCGAGCUGCGGGACGCAGAAGGCAUGACGCCAUUGAUAUGGGCAACGAUUCGAGGCUUUCUCGAAGUUGUUGGGCUGCUGCUCCAUCAUGGCGCCGACGUGAACGGCAAGGACAACACUGGCAUGACUGCACUGCACGUGGCAUGUUUCAAAGGUUACACCGACCUCGUCGACUUUUUACUGCACACAGGUAGCUCCUUGAGCAGGUGGAUGUCAUGGUCGGUGCAUGACUUCAUGUUGGUCUCAAUCGCUGGCUGUAGGCCACGCCGACUUGGAAGCAGAAGACAUCCAUGGGUUUACCCCAGGACUGUACGCCAGAAUAGAAGACCAAGGCGAGGUGCUUGAUCGCAUUGACGAAUUCAUUGCUGGUCUGAAGAAAGAUGAUGAAAGGCGGCAGCGGCGCAUCAAACGGCGGGCAGAGCGCCUCGCCCGCCUCGCCAAGGAGGCUGACGAAGCCGAGGCAAAUGCGCACUCUCUAAUUUAAUGCCAUGUCAACUUCGUUAUUGACUAUGCAUGGCCGUCGUUGCCGGCGGUGCCUUGGCAUGGUGUAUCCCCUGCGUCGUCAGCG